CCUGAAAGAAAAUAAUUUCAUUAGAUCGAAGUUAUUCUUACGGGAAGAAGAGAUAUUUUUUUUCUUCAUCUUUAUUUCUCCUUUUUUUAAUUAAAAAUAAAUAAAUAAGUAAAUAAAUAUAAAAUGCUUCAUACAUAACCUAAUUUAAUAAUUAUUAACUUGAAAUUAUAUUUUGAUUACUAUUGUUAUGAAUUUAAAAUUUUAUUAUCUUUUCUUAUUUUCAUUCGAAUAAUCAAACUUGUAUAUUGCAAUCUCUCACCCAGGGAGUCACUGCGAUUAUUUUUGUUUGAAAUUUUUUUUUUUGUUUCAAGAAAAUUUCACCAAGCAAAUUUUUAAUACUUAUUUCAUAUACAGUUACAUUUGAUAUUUCAUUGUGAAUCAUAACAUUAAUUUUUUUUAUUCAAAGAUUAUUAUAAAAAAUGUUUCAAAAGAGAUCAAGAAAAGAAUAUAUAUACUUAAUAUUCAUUUAAUAGUAAUUAAUUGAUUGCAAUCUAUGAAAAAAUAGGAAUGUUACUAAAUUGGCUUAAGAAUACGUCAAUCAUUCUCUUUAAAAUAGAAAGUAAAGCUUUGACGUACUGGUACGUCAUCCGUGAAGAUGACCAGUACACCUUUGACGUAUCUAUACGUCAUCCGUGAAGAUGGCCAAUACGUCAUUCGUCGUGAUUGGUUAACCUCUUAGCUUACUAUAUCGAGACCAAUGAUAAAUUAUUUAUUCUGAUUUUCAUUCAAAAUGAUACGUGGUAUAAGAAUAAACCGUUUUAAAUUAAAUUUCAAAUCAUUUUUUUUUCUACAUUUUUUUCUUCUUCUUUUAAAAUAUAAUCAAGUUACAAUUUCUAAAAAUGAAAUCUCUCCUUCUUAAUUAUUUUUCCCAAUGCAAUAUAAUUUCUAAUUAAAGAAAAAUUCACGAACAAAUUAAAUUCGAGAUAUCAUUACUGAAAUUGUAUUUAUUGAUAUGGAAAUUAACAUUAUUAUUAUUAUUAUUAUUAUUAAUACAAAAUAAACUACUCGAAUAAUGAAGCGAAUUUAUCAAUUAUUGAAGUUUUUAUACAUCUCUAAAUACACACCUACAGAAGCAUUGAAAAUACCAUGCCAAUUAUCUCGAAAUAUCGUUCAAUUCAUUGAAUUCUACAAUGGAUAGUCUAUACGCAUAAUCUAUACUUCUCAACUUAUUAUUAUUAAAUGCUACAAAGAAAAAAUAUGGAAAAAUAUUUUUCAAUUUCCUUGUGACGUGAUUGUUUCACCUUAUUAAAUUUUUAUCUAUCAAAUCAUACCACUCGAUUCUCGUAAUUCGAUUGGUUAAAUUUUUUUAUCAUAUUUAUAUAUCGUUGUUCGAUACAAAUUUUACAAAAUUUUAUUACGAUACGAUUAUUAAUUUGUGAUAUAUACGAUAUCCGAUACAGUGAUAUUUCAAGUAAGGAUUAAAAUUACACGUGUGCAGGAACAAAAGGAGGAUAUAAAGUCACCGAUCAGCUGUGUAAUCUUACUCAAAGCGAUUGCAAGGUUACACCUGGGACAAGGAUAAAAAUCAAAGUCAAACCAGGUACCUCAAACAUCCACUCAUAUAUCCGUUCAAACGGUCAUCAUUUCAGUGACUUAACAUUUUACAUCUAUAAUAAGAGAAGGAUAAAUGAAUGAAAUAAUGAUUUUUCAAAUUAAAUAACAAGAAGAAAAAGUGGAAAUAAAUAAAAAAUAAAAAUCGAUGUUUGCUCUCUAUUUUAUAAUAUCAAAGUUCAGAGUUGUGUAAUUAUUUUUUUUUUUUUUUUACUCAUUGCAAAAAAAUCUCUUAAAAUUUUUGUAAAAACGUUUCGAAGAAAAUUAUGGAAGAAAUCGAAAUUCUUGGAAGCAAUCUUCUCAUUCAUUCGCUCAUACGUGUGUUCGAACUACUUGUUGCGUGCCCGAUCAAAUUCUUGCCUUACCACUUGCCUCUGGCGCAUCUACCGGGUGUCUCGUUUUGAUAUCGAGAAACUUUUCGUAGAUUUUAAUGUAGAAUCAUAUUGCGACGUAGAAAAAGAAGUUUGACAAGCUUUAACAAGAAUAAUUAUCUUAAAAAACGUCAUACAUCACCACGUGAUAAUAGUUUAAAAGAAAAUAUCUUAGAAUUAAUUGAGAGGAAACAAUUUGAAUAAAUUUGAUUUAAUAUCGACCGAUCGAUAUUUCUUUAAAAUAACUUUUGAUUGCAAAAAUUGUAACUAAAAUAUAAAUUAUUAAUCUAAAAUAUUAUAAAUUUAAAUUUGGAUCGAAGAAAUUUUGUAAAAUUAUUUUUAAUAAUUCAAACGAUAGGAAAAUUAAUUUAUAUAUCGACGUAAUAAAUAUUCUUAUUUAUUCUUAUUAAAAUUCAAAUUAUUGAAUUAUUAAUGGCUCUUCGUAAAAACAGAAAUUAAUUUCAUUGAUUUAAUGUAAUUUAUUAAAAUCAUAUUCGUGGAGUUUUUAAAGUAGGAUUUUUCGAAAUUUUAAUAGGAGUUUUAAAGUAGGAUAAUUUCGCAAUUUUAAUUAUAACGUAAAAGAAAAUAUUUCGUGAAAAUUGUGUAAUAUAAUAAAACCAUAUUAUAAAACAAAAAAAAACAAUAAUCUUUGUAUUAAAAAUUAAAAAACGAAUAUGAAAUUAUAACAUAUUUUAAGAUAAUUGAAACGAAUCCAUAUUUAUCGUAUGAGUAUAAACUCUUUUUUAUUCAUUAUUUUUUAAUCUACAUCUAAUUACUUUUAUCACUAACUUCUCGUUUUUUACAUUGUACGUUUAGAAUUUAUCACUGUCCAUUUUUUAAAAAUUUAUUUAAUGUAAAUUAAAAUCAAUCAUUGAAUUCAUUCAUUAUAAGGUGAAAUAACACGUUCAUAGAUAUUUUGAAAGAGAUUGAAUCAUCCAAUAAUCGGGUAAUACUUAUAAUUCCAAAAACUUCAAACCACCACUUAUGAGGUUCAGUUAUAGUUCACCACUAGUGAUCAAGCACAGAUGUUUGAAGGGUAUUGCAUGUGGUAUCACUCACUGUUCUAAUUUAAGUUUCCAAACCAGCCAAGUUCGGUUGGAUAUAUUUGAACAUUAAUACCUUCUAUCAUCUCAUCAUCGAGCAAUAUUACAUUUUAGAUAGUGGAAAGAACGAGAUGUGGACAGGGAAGUGUGAAUAUGUGUAAUUGUGCAAUAUAGAAUUAGACAAUGUAGAAUUAUACGUGAAAACUGAAUGGAUCUAAUGUUUCAAAAAUGUUUCUGUUGUAUAGAAAUUUAUAAACUCUAAUUAGAAUAUAAAAGAUUUAUAAAAGAUUCUGGUGAUUCUGAAUAUAAUAAUAAUCAUCUUUUUAAAUAAAUAAAAAUUUAAAACGAAAUUAAAAAAAUUUUCCAAAAAAUAAUUGAUAAUGGAUAAGAUAAAAAAAAAAGGUGAUACAUAUCAUUGAUUCAUUCUUAUUCAUAGAAACGAUAACAUUCAAUUUAUUAUUGUAGGGGAAUAGUUCGGAUAACUGAAUGAUUCAUAUAUUAAGAAUUUACUGAUUGUCCCACUUAUUUAUAUUUUUUCAUUCAAAUAAUAAUUAAUCACAAUAAAAACUAUGAAAAUUAUAAUUAUAUAAUACUCGUAUUCGUUAAAUUCCUUUAUUUCAAAAAUCAAAUAAGAAACAAAAAAUUUUAUCACAUUGUAACAUACCAUGUGUAAUUAAAUUUCAGGAUGUGUAUAUCGUACAUUUGAAAAUUUAAAUUCAAUAGAAACAAACAAUUGCAUUCAAUUCGUGAAAAGCUAAUAAUGCAAAAUUUCCUAAAAAAAAAAAAAAAAAAAAUCUGAGCAAAAAUUUGUUACUCAAUCCAAUAAACAGCCUAAAUCUUCCAAUGUUUCGAGCGCUUGGAGGUAUCUCCCGUAAUAUACGACAGAGGCUUCAGAGACAAUAUGUUUAUUUUGUAAUCGAGUCGUGGUCCCUCGGCCGGUAAAAUAAAUAUAUCUGACUGAAAUAUUCGCGCUAUAUUCACACCCACCGUGUGACCACCGUGAAUAUCGCGAAUCAGAAUGUGUACGACACUGAUUCAUCCAUCGUGCGAAACAAAAUGUGAGAGAGGAAGAAGAAAGAAUUUCUCGUGAACGAGAAAUGCGAUCGACCAACCACCGUGAAUCGAUUAAUUUGGGACCAAUAAGAAUGGAGAUAAAAAAAGAAAAGCUAAUAAUAACAACGAGGAAGAUAGAGUAAAGCAAAAAAUAUCUCUUUCUAUCGUGUAUUAUAUCGUACAAUGAGAAAUGAAUUUAUACGAUAAAAUAGAUUUCUCCAAAUUUUAGUAUUCUUCCUAAGGAUUCACUUAUUCCGAUUUUCUUUAAAUUACGAAUCUCUGAAUAAUAUAUUUGCUAUAUUAAGAAGAGAAUAGAAAAAGAACUGUCAAGAAAAACUUACGGAAAAAGUGAGGAAAACGACGUGAAAGCAACGAUGACCACCGCGAAGAGGUAAUCAACACAAUAACGAUCGUGAUGACGAAUAAAAAGGCGCGAUGUACGAUCGGUUGUCUGCCAAAGACGGCGAUUCUGAUUGGCUACUUUGCGAUCAAGUAGAGGGAGGGGUUAGAGGGAAGAAAGGUACUGGUAGGGGUUGUUGAAUGAGUACUGGGACGAGCGACGUCGCAACACACUCCGUCACAAUCACCCCGACGGGUAACGGAUGUUCGAACGAUUCCGUAUUCGCGCGCCAAACUCACGAGCGAUAUACGAACAGUCCGACACCACGAAUUUCUUUAAACUCGAAAGAAAUCGACUGAACGAACAGACGGCUGUGUCCACGAAAUGUUUCGAAAAUGUAAACAGCAUAACUGGAUGUCGUCAAAUUCGAAAAUUUGUGACCAGCCUAAUAACGAUCACAUCCGAUCGUCACAAAGCUCAGAAUUCGACAAAGGAAACGACACACCGCUGUAUCUACGUAUUAACGAAUCGUUUCACGGAAGUGAAAACAUUAAACGAACACGAGAUAUAAUAUAUCGAUCGAAAAAAUAUAUUUGAGACAUAAAAAAGAAAAGAAAAAAAAAAAAUGUUCGCUGCAAUCGUCUUUGUCUUCAUAUUGAACAUAUUAUGGAUAAUAUGUCAAGCAGUACCAUUACUUGAUUUAAAGAAUGCGUUAGAGAAAAAUGAAUUGAAUACCAUAGUCACAUCAGCGUGCUCUACGAAUGGAAAAUGUACGGAAUGGUUACCAAUGCAAGAAGUUCAAAAAGAUAUUCCUACUAUACCUGAAAAUUUAUCCAUGUCGAAAAUUAAUAUUCAACGACAGGCUUCAGAUUUAGAUCCAAAUACAAUAAUAGAGACAUGGGGUGAUGCUUCUGCGCCAUUAAAUAAAUUUUAUCAAACUUCAACAUUUGGUACCAAAAUUGGAAAUAGAUUAUCGAAGAAGGAUGUUGUUAUGUCUCGUAAUUGGAGUGCCGGUGGCAUGCCCUUUUCCGUUCUUUAUAUGAAACCACAUGGUUCUCGUGGAAAUCAUGCCAGUACUGUUCAACAACAAGAACAAGGAAAAAUUGAAAUUACGACACCAGCUACAAUGCACUCCAAUUCUCGCAUUGCAGUACGUAACGGAAGUACUCGAAGACAAUAUUCAAUAAUACCACAGCUUUUUAUAUCAUAUGGAUGGGGUCCAUUUGGCAAAUGAUAAGAAUUCACUAUUUAAAAUAUGACUGUUCAAAAGGAAUACUGAUCUCAUAAUUGUGGUAUACGAAAUAUUUAAUUAUUUAUAGUUUUAAAUAAGUGUUAUAUUUUAAUACAUUCAUGAUAAAUUGCAAUUCUAAAUUUUAAAAUAUUCACAAAACAAUAAUAAUAUUAUCUGUAAAUAUUUAAAUAUUUUUCAACGUCUUUAAUAUAUCAAAAUUCUCCUUCAUUUUAUUAAUUAUGAAUAAUUUUUAUAUAAUAUUUAGAAAAUCGUUAUAUAUUAAUACAUUUAUCAAACUAAAUUAUGAUUUAUUUUUUUUUUUCAUAAAAUCAAUAACUAAAUUAUUAUAAUAAAAGAAUUAUUUAUUAACUUACCAUUCAUUUCUUUCAUUGCUUUGAUGAAAUCUUGGGGAUCUUUGAAAGAUACAAAUCCAAAUCCUUUUGUCUUGUUUGUUCUUUUAUCUCUCACUACUUUUGCUUUUUGAAAACUCGGAUAUUUUCCAAAAACUCUUACUAGCAUUUCGUCUGUGACAUCGUUGCCUAAAUCUCCACAAAAUAUUCUGAAAUCAUCUAUAAUAUAAAAAAAUUGUAAGAUUUAUUUAUUAUUUAUUUAAAAAUAAAUUAUAUGAACAAUA